GUCGUGAGUGAAGAUACAUACAUCCCCUCUCCGUGCAGACAUCUUGACCGUGGAUGUAGUCUCUCCAGAUACACAGUUGCAGUAACAUCUAUAUGCUGAAACACUGUAGAAACAUGUGCGACCCAUGGGUGUUGAUGAUGGUGUUUGUCUUGAUCCAUGAAUCAUUCUCUGCCGAAUCAACAAUUGGCUGCAUCCAGUCUCCUGAUCUACUUCAUCAUGGAACAUUUGUGGAUUGUAGGAACAGAAACUUGGAAAGUGUCCCCGAAAAUCUUCCCCGGAACACAACACGUUUAGAUAUGAGCCAUAACAGCAUUUCACUCCUUGUAAAGAGAUUCCUACAUUUGCCGAACCUAAAAUAUCUGGACCUAUCGUUUAAUAAAAUAAUACGACUUGACGAAGGGGCGUUUCAGGAAACUGCUGAUUUACAAGAACUCUAUCUAAAUGACAACCAGUUGAGGCUUGAUUCCAGCACCUACCCAGAUGAUGUAUUCCAACCUCUACAGGAGCUUCAGAUCCUUCACCUUCACAACAACGACCCUCGAGACAAAGGAUCGUAUCCCGAAAAGGCCUUUGAGAAGCUCAAGCGUCUUCAAGACCUGAAAAUUGACACUUUCACCUACACCACCUUUGGACCAGGAUUUUCAAAGCUUACAAGUUUGAAGCGCCUUCUAUUUGGAUUUAGCCAGUGCAAACUUUCAUUUAUAUAUAAUGAUACCUUCCAAUCAUUUCAGUACAGUGUGCAGAUAGAAACACUUGAUCUUCAUCUGUGCCCUCUCACCAGAAUACAACCAGAUGCUUUUCGGUACCUUGGGUCAGUAAAGAAUCUGAUCCUGUCAAAUGCAAUUACAUUAACUCCCACUGAAGCAGUAUCUGCAAUGUAUGGCCUCAGAGGAAAAAACAUAACUUCCAUCAAAAUUAAUCAUAUCUUUCAAUUGUUUAAUCUUAAAAUAGGAUUAAUGAAUCAGCGAAUAUUAGGUAAAGAUAUCGUAGCAAAUCUGAAAGAUGUCUGCGUGGAGAGAUUUGAAAUGAUCAACUGUAAACUGUUAUGGUUUGACAGUUCAGUUAUUAAUGACCAGUCUAUAUUUGCGUCCUGCAUUAAGUUUAUUGACUUUUCUGGCAAUGAUUGGUUCGGAGAUCCUAAAAUAUUGUUUGAAAUAUCCCUAAUGCCAAAUCUUGUAUCCCUCAAUUUGUCAGAUACCUACAGCAAAACACAGGAAUCUACCAAACAGAAAAUUGUAGAGGUAUGUGGUAUCUCAAUCCCGACAUUAGGCCUUACCGUUCCAGAAAGACUGGUGUCUUUGGCCAUUAGUGGUAAGAACUUUGGCUGUUUCGCUAAUAUAACUAUGUACAAUGCUACGUCCCUGACCUAUGUGUCUCUGACAUAUGCGGGUCUAGACGGGUUCAUCAGUACAGUCAGUGGGCUUACUAACCUUACAUAUUUAGACAUAUCCGGUAAUAACUGUGCGGGAAUAUCGUCGAGCUUUUUAGCCAACUUCCCUAUGCUUAAUACCCUGAUUAUGUCCGAUACCAAUCUUGACCUGGGAGAGGCAUUAUCUAAAGUGCAACAUGGCUUAUCAUAUCUACCUAACUUACAUACACUGGACGUGAGCUCGAACAAUCUUCGACUGCUUAGUGUUCCCACCUUCCAAGGAGCUCCACUGAAGUCCAUCAUUUUGUCAAACAACAGAUUCUCAGCCAUACCUUUUGACCUAUCCACAACGCCACACCUGGGUUACCUUGACCUCAGCUCCAACUCAAUCGCUGCACUUUCAUUAACGGAAAUGAAACAGCUCGAUGAACUAGCCACCAAGAACAACCUCUCUUUAGACCUUAAUGGCAAUCUCCUGUCGUGCGGAUGUAAAACGUUGGACUUCAUCGUGUGGUUGUUUAAGACAAAUGUGAAGACAAGGGCAAGGGACUCUGCAUGUGCCAAGGACGACGGAGCAGUGACAAAUACGUCCUACAUACAUGAACAUUACGAUGAAAUAUGGAAGCAAUGCGUUGGGGGCUUUUGGCUUUCCAUCAGCGUUGUUUGUUAUGCUGUUAUUGUGUUGGUGACCAUUGCAUUAUUUGUCAUUCAUCGACGAAGAACGCUUCUUAUAAACAUUGUCUUACGGAUGUUUGGUUUUAAGACAACAAAGAAAGUACUGAAAAGAAAGGAUUUUCCUAAUGAUGCUUACAUCGCAUACAGUGAGAACGACUACAGGUAUAUAUGUCACACUGUUAGAAAUAUCCUGGAGAACCAGAAUGGACUGAAGUUGUUCAUCAAGGACAGAGACACCGUCCCUGGAGGACAAAUUGCUGAAGAUAUCAUCGACGGUAUAGACUCCAGCUGGAAUGUAAUUUUUGCUCUCAGCCAAUCAUUUCUUGAGGAUCAGUGGUGCCACUUCAUUGUCAACCGUGCUGUGUAUUCGUCUUCUAGAAUGCCCGCAGGGAGCAUUGUUCUGGUGUUGUUUGAGGACGUGAGACGAGGUGACAUCCCUCCAACCUUACUGAACGUUGUGGAGGAGAGAUACAUCUUCGACAUUGAGAAGUACAGGGGCGACGAAGAGAGACUGUGGAAAGAUGUCUGUCAGUGUGUUGUGAUGGACAAAGACAAUUAGUUUCAAUCUCAGACUUAAGGUGUUUCAUCAGGUACUUACGUUUUACAACGGGUUUUACAAGGGGUAUUGUAUUAUUCUCUGGGCCGAUGGGGCAGCCUAGUGGUUAUACCGAAGGCCCGGGUUCGAUUCCCCUCAUGGGCACAAUGUGUGAAGCCUAUUUUUUGUGUCCCCACGUUCAUAUUGCUGGAAUAUUGCUAAAAGCGCCGUAAAACGUAACUAACUCACUCAAUUACGUAUUAUUCUCAACGUGAAAACAAUCAACCCUUUAGGUAACGAAAUGAAGUGAAAUAGAAAGCAAAACUGUCUUAGUGUGGAGUUUCUAGUGUUAGACAAAAGCGACAAAACCUUUUCCAAUUUGAAGGAAAUCUCAGGUAGAAGCAGAGUUGAUUAUUAUGAGCAUAUGUCUAUGAAUCACUAUCCAGUAGAAAUGAAACCAGGAGUUCACGAAAAGUGAAACAUAAUAAUCUGAAGAUUCAUCUCAGUUGAGUAUCGAUCUUUUUAUUUGUGAAAUAACGACUAGGGAUUCAAGAGAUAUCCUUCUUUCAAAAUGGAUUUUAUAUUUUCUCAUUAUUUUCAAAAAUCCCAACUAAGUAACAAUAUCAAGAAUAUAUAUAUUGAAACUAAAUAAACAUAUAAGGGGGAUGGCGAACGAACCUUUGGCAGUUCUUCGAUGCUUCUUCGAAGAGUCUAGGUGUAGGUAUGUAAGUAUUUAUAAGUAGGUAUUUCACACUCAUACAUAUUAUUUUCACAUCGUUUGACAUCAGCUCAAUGUUGGUGCCAUUCAUAAAAUGAAAUGUCAUGAAAUAUAUAGAUUGUAACCACACAUUCUGCCGAGCAUCCUUUAUCUGGUGACCUUUACAUCCCUUCGUGACAUACGUUUGCCCAUUGUUCUUUUCACAUGCUAAUUUCGCACAGGAAAUCAAGUUGUGAAUAAGUUUAUGUGUAAUAAAGAGUAUUUUAUUGA